UUGCUGCAAAGGCGUUGGCUCGCCCAGCCUGGGAGUCUCGCGGGAUCUCAACCACCUCUGGGGACUCUGAAGCGACUACAAAUCCCAAAAAACAACGCGCCUCAGGGCCCGAGCGCUCGAAUGAAGGCUAAGGUCCAAGGUCAUGUGUCUGUCUGCGUAAGCCGUCCGGGCUUUCUCUCACGCCUUUUUCUUCAGCUUUCCACCUUGGCCGCCAUUUUGUGGGGAAGGUUAUGGAACCUCUUAGUCCAGCAGACUCUAUGGUCGAGCACUUCAGAAAUCGGCCAAUCGGAAGCCAGAUCUCGGAGGAAAACCCCGCCUUUGCCCGCAUGGAGGCGGGAACUGCCACGAAGCUCUUGUGGAGAAAGAGAAAGAAGUUGCUCAAGACCAAUAAGACAGGAGGACUCGAGGAUAUUAACCAAUGAAGGCGCGGGGGGAUUGCAGCCAAUGAGAGUUGGGGAACCCCCGGACACGUGGGUCCGGGAGCAGUGUGCCGAGUCCUAGAGCUAAAGCCGGGACGUGAGUCAGUCACCUUGAGCCGGGCGAGCGCUGUGGUCUGAGCAGAGGCAGCAGGGCAGUGGGAGUACAGGUGACUUGAAGCCGAAAGCCAGCAAUCGACUGAAAAAAAUGCAGACCACCGGGGCACUACUCAUUUCUCCUGCUCUGAUCCGCUCUUGUACCAGGGGUCUGAUCAGGCCUGUGUCUGCCUCCUUCCUGAGUAGGCCAGAGAUCCCAUCUGUACAGCCUUCCUGCAGCAGUGGCCCACUGCAGGUGGCCCGGCGGGAAUUCCAGACCAGUGUUGUCUCCCGGGACAUUGACACAGCUGCCAAGUUUAUUGGUGCUGGGGCUGCCACAGUUGGUGUGGCUGGUUCAGGGGCUGGUAUUGGAACAGUGUUUGGCAGCUUGAUCAUUGGCUAUGCCAGGUAAGGUCCAGGGUGGUCU